CUUUUUACUCCAUGAAUGUAUAAUAUAAACCCAGGGGGCCGGAACCAAUGUUGUCCCGGAACUAAUGUUGUCCUCGAGUUUCCCUGGGUGACUUUAUGUUGUAGCACCGGAGACAAAUGUCAUAAGCGUGGAGAAGGGCAUUUGCAAGAAGUAAUCAUGUAUAGAUUAAUAUUCCGGUCCGUGUUCACGGCUCGAAACUCUUCAGUUAGUGUAUACGAGUCGUGUGUGUUACCAGCUAAAUGUCACAAGGCUGCACUUCCGGUGUUCAGGUUUGGAGGUGGAGUCAAAGCCCUCGGCACAAGUUCGGUCCGGCUGUGUGAAAAGAAGGACGAUGUUGCCCUCGUUAAUCAAGACGAGAAAACAAAUGCAGAUAAAGAGGCUGAGCCAACAGAAACUCCAACUCUGGUCACACAGGAAGCUGAAGAUGACGGCAAAGUCAUCAAGAUGGCUGAACAGAGGGAGGAGGAGCCAGUGGUGUUAAAGACAGAUGAUGAGGGUACCGCGCAGCAGCAGGUGGAUGUUAAAAUUGACCAGGUGGUGGCAGUGCCAAAACAAGUGCAGACUGAUGCAGCCAAGAGCGGGAAAGAGAGUCUCCUUGACCUUCUUGGAGCCAUGAAGGUGGAAGUAACUAAUAAGAGGAAGCUGAAAAACUUGAAAGUGAAGACAAGUUAUGAGCCUACACCCAAGUCGAAGCCAGCAGAUAUGGAGAGCACCAUCAGUAUGUUUCAGAAGGCUACAGUGGAGGCUUCAUCACAGAGUGAGACACUGGAUCCUGAACUGGUUGCAGCUGCGUCUGCUGCUGCCUCCACUCUGCCUGACCGCAGCCAGGCCGAGUCCGAGCUGCUCAAGCAGUUGAGGCAGCACGAGACCGUCACUGAGGCUCAGAAGAAAGGAGACAUGAACAACCUCGGAGUAAUCCUCGCUGACAUGAAGGUACGGAGGCUUCCCAACCGACAGAACGCUCGGCCAUCGAAUCAGAUCCGGUUUGACGACGACGGGCGAGGAUACACACACGACAGAGGAAUCACUACAGAGCUGGACGGCGUUCGGAGAAGGAAGAACUUGUUCUCUGGGAAAAGACUCAACAUCUUCUCCUCCACUCCUGAUCAAGAUGAAGCUGAAUCAGCAGUUGCACGGCCAACUCUAUGGGACAUGGACUUUGCUAAUCAGCUGUCUCUGUCGAUCAACCAAACACCUCGCAACGGGCUUGAGGAAAUGAUCCAGUGGACCAAAGAGGGGAGACUGUGGCAGUACCCGAUCAACAAUGAAAUUGGUCUUGAGGAGGAAGCCAGCGUCCCGUUCCAUGAGCACAUCUUCUUAGAGAAACACCUGGAGGAGGGCUUUCCCCGUCAGGGACCAGUGCGUCACUUCAUGGAGCUUGUGGUGGCCGGUCUGUCUAAAAACCCCUACCAGACAGUCCAGCAGAAGCAGGAACACAUUUCCUGGUUCAGAGACUACUUCCACCAGAAAGAGGAAGUCCUCAAGGAGGCGGAUGUUUACCUCAACUGAGCUUAAGACAGUUGCAUACGUUGUCAACAUCUGUUGAAUGUGGACAGAUAAAAGUAAGACCCGUUCACUCAAGAGGGGCGACUAUGAUCAUCUUUACCCGUACAGGUUGGAUGUCUAAACUCUUCCAGGAGGCCUGUUAGAGCGGAGAGGCAUCAAGUCUGUGUCCUGGUGUCAAACAUUGAACAGUAUCUACUGUUUCUAACAUGUUGAUCAGACUGUAGAACUACUUUUGAAAUGUUGCUUGUAUAAAGUAUGCAAACAUAUAAAGCAGCGAAAGUACAGUCAUGGCUUUUUGCUUAUUUCAUUUUGUACCAGUUACCCACAAAUACUGUGCCACUGAUCAUUUCUUCCUUUAUUUGCAUAAUCCAAUGCUAGUGCAGAUGAUUAACUGACUGUAAUGUGUUAAUAGUGUGGUGACACAAUUACAUGAAAAGACAUUAAGUGAUGUACAAACAUCGUUGUGUUGAAUUAUAUCUGGUUAACUUGACUCAGAUAUUGAUAAAAAAAGGUGAAGUUUUGUAUCAAGGCAUGUUUGGAGAUUAUGUUGCAUUAAAAAACAGCAACAGUGGACUCUUUAGUUUUAAUGGAUUCAUUGUUAAAGACCUUCACAUUCAAA